UUAAGGGUUUGGAAGACACCAAAGCUUCAUCCCAGACCGUCAGAGCAUAUAAAGCUGAGGAGAGACUGCUGUGCUUUCUUGUGUGUUUGGAAGACCAAUCAUUCGUGUGAAUUGCAAGUUGAGAAUUUUUGUGAAAAGAGCGCUGAGAUAUGGAGCACCUGACAGUUCUCGCUCUGGCAAUAGCCGUGUGCUUAGCUCUUUGUAACGCUUCUCCACUGAUGACAACGCCAGAUGACCGUCAAAUAGCAGAGGAUGACCGACUCGAGAUCCCGGCUCUGAAUGGGGUUGGAGAAUCUGCAGAUAAACCUGAGCCAAAGUCUGAGCCAACUCCAUUUUCUGACCUGAGCAACGCACCUGAGCCAUGCAAUCCUAACUUAGUGUUUGAUGCAGCAACCAGCAUUUUGGGAGAACUGUACUUCUUUAAAAAUAGAUACUACUGGAAGAAAGGAUAUUACAGUGGACUUUCACAGCAUAAAAUAAGCUCUUUGUGGCCGUCUAUUAAUUCGGUUGAUGCUGCUUACACAGCGAAGGACAGAACCACUACCGUCCUCUUUAAAGGUCAGCAGUACUGGGUUGUCAAAGGCAGCGAAAUCUUAUAUCCCCAACCCAUUUCCAACUUUGGGUUUCCCUUGUAUGUGAAAAAGAUUGAUGCAGCCAUAUAUGUGGCAUCCACAGAUGAAACUCUGUUCUUUGUCGGAAGCAACUAUUGGAGCUACAAUGGACAGACAGGUAUACUGGACCUUCCUAAAAGCAUUCAGCAUUAUAUACCUGGAAUUGGGUCACGUGUGGAUGCUGCAUUUGAAAAUGGUGGUUACCUGUAUUUCUCAAAUGGUGCACAGCAAUUUGAGUAUGACUUCAGCGCAAAACGAGUGAAUCGUGUUCUGAAGAAUUAUGAUUGGUUGAACUGCUACUAAACAUAAAUAACAGAAAAUAUAUACAUUUUAUCUUUAUAUAUCUUUAUAAUAUGAUUUAUGGGUGGUUUUCUGGACAGGGUCUAUAGGCUUUAGUUACUGUAUAUUAUCACAUUUAAGUAGGUUAAGUAGACAAACAUCUUGAGACAAAACAAUGGCAUUGUUAUAACUUAUGUCAGUGAAAGAUAUGUUAAGUUGUUCUCAAGUAAGCAUUUAGUCUGGGGCUUAAAGCCCGUCCAGGAAAUGUUUAAGCACUCCUUUAAGUUUCUGUUCAUUGUGGAAAAUCUGUACUAAUUAAGAAAUAAAUGAAACACUUUUUGAUCAAUUAAAUAUUUGUUGUUACUGAAUCCUCAUGAAGAAUAUGUGUAGUGCUUACUAGUGACUAGUAAGUCACUCUAAAUAAAUUUAAACAGGGUAAAAUAUGAGCCUUACAGUGUAAACACAUUGAAAGUGAAUUAAGGCCUGUAUCAACACUGCUGUUCAUUUUAUUAUUGCAAACUCUUGUGUAUUAGGGCAUAUUUAGUUUAAUAUGAUGCUUGUUAUUUAUUAUAUUAAAUGAUGAAUGUUGAAUUUAUCAUUAAAUGUUUCUUAAUAAAAGAAAAAGAAUAUGUACAUUUAUUAGAUUAUGUUCAUGAGGACAACACAAUUUGCAAUUAUA